AUGCCUCCAGGUUUAACCUAUCCAAGUUUAAAAUGCGUUUUCGAGUUUCUGGAAGCAAAUAAAAGAAUCCACAUCACAUCUCGAAGCUCAACUCUCAAAACACUUGACAAAUUGGUACCUUUACAUUUGAAAAUGCUACAAAUCGAUGGUUACUUAAUUAUGGUCAACAAUGUUGCAUACCGAGUGCUAGGUGUAGAUGAAACAGAAAAUUCCUUCGGGAAUGAUUUUAGGAGACUUUAUUUUGAUCCACAGUUUUGGGGGCGAAUUCCACGAGGAUACUUCCCUAUCUACUACCAAAAAAAUGGGACAGGAAAUGUGAGAUAUGAGUAUGAGAAUCGACGAGGAGAUACAUUUAGAAGAAGAUUUAACAAAAAUUACCGUAGUGCUCAUGUCGUGAUCCGCCAGUUAUUAGAGUCAUUGUUCGUGGGAAGAAGAGUGAUUAUUGUUGAGAAACUUGUCACUGGAUGGGUGCAGCCGCAAUCUAAAAAACUCGAAUCGAAGUUCAAUGUUCUAGAAAUCGAGUCGGGUGGAUAUGAUUUGAAAGACUUUGUUCCACUCAUCAACCCUACCAGUUUUCCACUCAAGAAAUUGACUCAAAAACGGUUUUCGUAUAGAUUUUUGGAACAGCCUGAAGUCCGAACUGCCAAUCAUCUAGUUAUCAAUGACUUUUAUCCCGGCUCAUCCAAUGUUGUUAAUAUUCUGAAAUCUCUAAACUGCAAAUGUAUAGAGAUUAAAGAUCUACUUUUCAAUAAAAAUUAUAUUUUGGAUAUCAUUCAAAUGAUUUUGGAAAACCAUCAAGACGUUGGGACAUGUUAUAUGAUAGACACGAAUAAAUAUACAAGAAACUUAAUGGAAAAAAUCAAGGAACGAUUUAAAGGAAGAGAUGUGGAUUUUAUCGAUGCUGACAAACGAUCGACACUUACUUCUCAAUAUGUCUCCAUUCCUAUAGACUCUAGAACAGAACUGGCUGUCUACAGAAACGAGUCACUCAAGGAACGCCAAGAAGUUAUUAUAAUGGAAAUGAUUCUGACUGGACACACUCCCAAAGUUUUCCGUCUAGAUUAUUCGACAUUGAGUGAAUCUUCUGAAAAGAAAUAUUUUGACGACAAAACCGAAGAUGACAGAUCGCCAGCCGAUGAGUCGAAUGAAAACGAGCUGUCAGACAAUGCAUCAUCUGACGGUGAAGUUUCUGAAAACGAAUCAGUCAAGGAUGAAUCACGAGAAGACGAGUCGCCGGAUGAUCUCAACAAAACAGCAGCUGAAAAGUUCAAAAUGCCAAUAAUUUCUCUUCCAAUCACGUAUAUUUUGAUUGUUGUUCUGUUUGCGUGGUUCUUUUUCUUUUAA